GCGGCGGGGCCGGGGCAGCGGCGGACGGGCGGCCAUGGCCAUGGCCGGGGCAGCCGGGCCGCCCCUGCCGCGGCUGCUGCUGCUCCUGCUGCAGCUCCUGGCGCUGCCCGCCGGCCGCGGAAACCGCACCGGCCCCGACUCCCUGUAUGUCUCCGAGUACUUCUCCCAGAGUGCACAGAAGCUGUCCUUCUACAGCUGGUAUGGGAACGCCAAGCUCUUCCACUUCCAUGUGCCAGAAGACACUGUGCUGCUCCGUUGGCUCCUGCAGGCAUCCCGGGGGAAAGGACCCGAGUGCACCAGCAUGGAGAUCACAGUGCACUUUCGCCACGGAGCCCCUCCCGUGAUCAACCCCCUGGGCACUCGCUUCCCUGCCAACGCCACCGUCCGUCCUUCCUACAACAUCAGCAUCGCCCUGAGCAGUGCUGUGCAGAACACCACCUUCGUGAACGUCACCACCCCCGCUGCAGGGGACUGGUUCAUCGCUGCCCACCUGCCCGAGGCCGCCGGCAGGAUCGAGGUGAAGGGUUUCUCCACUCCAUGCCCCUAUAUGUUCCAGGCAGAUAUGUUUGUGCUCAGACUCACUGAUAUGCCUGUCCUGGAGCCUGGUGUUCCCAUGCCACACACCGUUGUCUCGCCUGCUAAGCCACUGCAUGUCAAGGUCUUCGUCCCCAAACAUGCCGCGGGGAUGCGGUUCCAGCUGCGGAGCUGCCUGACAAGUGACCAGAAAGCGUGUGCUGUGCGGGUGGUGCUGGGCUCCAUCACACUGCCCCAGUCCUUCCAGAAGACCCUCACCUGCACAGGGAGUGCAAACUGCAGCCUGGCCCUGGACUCGCCCCCCUGGGAGAAGUGGCUGCAGAUCAUGGUGGAGAGUCUCGGCACUGCCAAUGCCAGCGUGUCCAUGGAGAUGCUGGCUUCUUUCACAGUUUGCAGACCAGGAAGCGCCAGUUCCUUCCUUAACUUCAUCAGCCUAAACCAGAGCCAGGCUGGUGCCAGACCAGGUACCACAGGGGCAGCAGGGAGCUCUGCUCAGGCUGCUGGAGAGGCUCCACGCAACACGUCUGGCCAGAGGAGCUCCUGCCUGCAGAACCAGCCCGUGGUCCGUGAGGACCUGGAUGUUGUGUCCGUGCGCUACAGGCUCCUCAACGGUCCCAGCGUGCCCGUGAACUCCCUGUCCCCGACCCUGCUCCUGCUCAACCUCAACACUGGCAUGGACAGCGGGGGCUCCCUCGUGGUCAGUCUCCUGCUUAACAAGACAUCUGUGAGCCUGACCAAUGCCACCGUGGUUGGAUGUGUGAGUGCUGCCUCCCCGGUGCUGUCCCUCAAUGCCACACGGAACUGCAGCACAGCUUUUUCCCAGGGCUACCCUCUGAGCGUGAGCACAUCCUCUGCAGAGGCAAUGCUGAUUGUCCUGUACCCUCAGACUGAUGACUGGUUCCUGUCCCUGCAGCUGCUCUGCCCAAAGGGCCAGGGAGAAUGUCCCAGUGCAGAAGCCAAAGUGACGGUGUUCGCGUACCUCACCCCCUGCUUCAACGACUGCGGCCCCUACGGGCAGUGCAGCCUCCUGAGGAGACACGGGUACCUCUACGCUGCCUGCAGCUGCAAGGCUGGUUGGGGUGGGUGGAGCUGCACGGACGACACCAAGGCCCAGUCCAUCGGGGCACAGAACCUGGCCACCCUCCUGCUCACCCUGAGCAACCUCAUGUUCCUGCCAGCCAUAGCAGUCGCUGUCUAUCGCUACUACCUGGUGGAGGCCUCUGUCUACACCUACACCAUGUUCUUCUCCACGUUCUACCACGCGUGUGACCAGCCGGGCGUUGCAGUGAUGUGCAUCAUGGACUACGACACGCUGCAGUACUGUGACUUCCUGGGCUCCGUGGUGUCCAUCUGGGUGACCAUCCUGUGCAUGGCCCGGGUGAAGAAGAUCCUGAAAUACGUCCUUUUCAUCUUGGGGACCUUGUUAAUUGCCAUGUCCCUGCAGCUGGACCGCAGAGGGGUGUGGAACAUGAUGGGUCCCUGCCUCUUCGCCCUCGUCAUCAUGAUUGCAGCGUGGGUUCACCACGGAACCAAACGCAGACACUGCUACCCCUCCUCGUGGAAGCGCUGGGUCUUCUACCUCCUCCCAGGGAUCACCUUGGCUUUCAUUGCCAUCUCAGUGUAUGCAUUCAUGGAAACCAAUGAGAACUACUACUACACCCACAGCAUCUGGCACGUGCUGGUGGCCUGCAGUGUCGCUUUCCUGCUCCCUCCUCGGGACAAGCAUAAGAAGCCCUGGGCUUGGUCCAAGAAGCUCACUUGUCGCUACCAGAUCUGCCAGAACGACCGUGAGGAGCUCUACGCUGUGACCUGACCUGCCCAGCUCCCUCUCGUGGGGGUGGAGGGCUGGGGAAGCUGCUCUUUGCCUGGGCUGCCCCUCGCACAUGGUCAAUCCUCUUACUGCUCAUCCCCUGGCCAGGGGGGCCCAGUGUGGACCGGGUUUAAAGGUGAAGAUGGUGGGCUGGUCUUGUGGAGACGAGUUUGAGGCCACCUCUGCUUUUCUGCUGGGAUGGGGCAGGCUCUUCAUGGUUCCAGAUCAAGGAAUAGCCUGUCCCCCACCUCCCCAUGGCCCUAGGGGAAAUGGCCAACCCUUUCCCCCCCCCGCUGCAUCCAUGAGGCUUGGGCUUUGCCCACGCUGAGCUGGAGCCAAGGCUUUGGCUGCUGGGCUCUUCUCUCUGCCCCCUGUCCUGGCAGAGACCUGUGGGACAGGGGCUUCCCCUGCCAUCCUGCAGUCAGCAUUUGAACCCGAGAGAAGUUCUACUGAUCUGGGGGGCAAAUGCUGCUGCAUGCCCUUGGUGCUGAUGGGGGGGAGGAAGCUGAUCUCUGGGAGUGCUGGGCCCUUGGCCUCAGCCUCCACCGGGGUCUGGAGCCUCUCUCCCUGUGAAACAGGUGUUGCUGCUCCUACCUGGUCCUGAUUCUGGGGGGGAAGAAUGAGGCUGGGACUUGGGCCCUGGAUUCAGGAUCAGACUUGGCACGAAUGUGAAAAACCCCAUGUGGGGACAUGCAAAAGGCAGCAGUGGCAUCUCAGCCAGAGCUGUGAAACCUGCAGCAGUGCAGGGUUUAGUGUAAGUUUGACUUGAGCUCUGUAAGGAUCCAGGCUGCUGGUGUUCAGGGAUUCACCGUUUUCCUCCUUUUUGGGGUGUUUGGUGUGGGCAGAGCUCUGCCUGGGUGGUCCAGGAUGGUGCCUGAGCUGUACAGCCCUGCUUCUCCAGCCUGCUGUGCCUCAGAGGCUGGAUGUGCUGCAGAGUCCUGGCUGAUCUGAGGACACUGCAGUGUCCCACCCCGGCCAGGAGCAUCACCAUGGUCUCCCGAGGUGGCCAUGGUCUCCUUUGCAGCGUCUGUCUCACUUAAGCCUUACUUUAGGGCACGCAGAAAGCAAGGGCAGAAACUUGGCAACCAGGGAAGUUGUCUUUGCCCAUCCUUAAUCUGCAGAAAAGGGCUCAAAUCCAUCGUUCCUUGCUGGUUUCAUCCCAGCUGUGGUCGGUCUGGUGUGUGCUGCUGGGAGCCCCUCAGGUGGCUUUGGGGAGGAAAGAGCUACUAAUGAAGGAUUUGCCUCCUCGGGGUUAUUUCUUUGCUUUGAAGAGCACCCAGCUCAGCUCUGCACUUUAUCCCUCUGCCUCCCCUUCCUCUGCAAACUCCCACUUUUUAAGCAGGACAAGCGAAGGACACUUGUCUGCACCCAGCAGUGUCACCCCCCCAUCACCACCCGUAUCCCCCAUCUUUCAUUUGCUGCUGCCAUCCAGGACAGCAUGGCAGGAGGGGGGAUGUUGGGCCCUCAGGGCUUCCUCCAACUUUGACCACUUUUAGGCACUUUUUUCCCCCCUGUCUCGGUUUGCACAGCGGCGUUGUGGCCCCAGCACUGUGGAGGUGACCGCCGCUCCUUCACAGCCGUGCCGUCCGUGCCAGGCCGCCGGGGUGGCCUGGGGGCCACCAGUGUGACCUGGGUGUGCUGCCAGCGUGACCCAGGUGCCACUGGUGUUGACAUGGGUGCUGUUGGUGUGACCCAGGUGCCACUGGUGUGACCCAGCAGCUACCACUGUGAUCUGGGCACUGCUGGUGUGAGCCAAGUGCUGCCAGUGUGACCUGGGUGCCACCAGUGUGACCCAGGUGCCACCAAUGUGACCUGGGUGCUGCCAGUGUAACCCAGGUGCUGCCAGUGUGACCUGGGUGCCACCAAUGUGACCUGGGUGCUGCCAGUGUGACCCAGGUUACCUUGGUGUGUCUGUGUGCUGACAGUGUCACCCAGGUUCCACUGGUGUGACCUGGGUGCCACCAGUGAGAUCUGGGUGCUGCCAGUGUGACCUGGGCACCACCAGUGUGACCCAGAUGCUGUCAGUGUGAUCUGGGCACCACCAGUGUGACCCAGGUGCCACCAGUGUGACCCAGAUGCUGUCAGUGUGAUCUGGGCACCACCAGUGUGACCCAGGUGCUGCCAGUGUGACCUGGGUGCUGCUGGUGUGACCCAGGUGCCAACGGUGUGACCUGGAUGCUGUCAGUGUGACCUGGGCACCACCAGUGUGACCUGGGUGCUGCUGGUGUGACCCAGGUGCUACCAGUGUGGGUGUGUGCUGCCAGGGUAACCUGAUGCCACUGGUGUGGCCGGGUGUCACCGGUUACCAUAGAAAGCAAUAAUUCCUCAUCGGGCCUUUCCCUUCAGGGAUUUCCGUGCUGGAAGCAGGAGAAGCUUUGGGGAGAGAAAUCCCACUGACAUGAUUGUUUAUUUUGUGUUUGAUUGUUCGUUCUGCUUUGCCCUCCCACUGCUGGCCUGGCCCGAGCUUGGGUUGGUACCUGCAGCAGAAGGGGGGGUGUUAAUUAUUCUGGGUAAAAUCUGAGCAAAUUCCUGUGUCUGGGGGAAAAAAAAAAAAAAAAAAGGUUAUUUUUUUUCUUUGCUGUUAAUACCUGUGAUUAUUUUAUACGGUAAAUUUUAAAGCUUACGGUUUUAUAAUUUAAUAAAGGUGACGGUAUUUGCGGGCAGGCA